CCAGCAGCUGAACCUUGUGUCAAAACACAGAGGGAAAUCAGCAGCAGGCAGCGCAAGAUCUCACCUCGAUUUCAGCCUCAGCUCUAUUUUUGGGGAGCAUUCGUCGACACAAAGUGUUUUUCAUUAACGUCUGCGUACCAUGACCGAACAAUCAGCAUUACUUCUUCGAAAACAAUUGGCAGAGCUCAACAAGAACCCAGUAGAGGGCUUUUCAGCUGGUCUCAUAGAUGAUGACGACAUUUAUAAAUGGGAAGUUGUAAUCAUUGGUCCACAAGAUACCCUUUUUGAAGGAGGGUUCUUCAAAGCAUACCUGACCUUUCCUUAUGAUUAUCCACUACGGCCUCCGAAGAUGAAGUUCAUCACUGAGAUCUGGCACCCAAACGUUGCAAAGAACGGGGAUGUUUGCAUCUCAAUUCUGCAUGAGCCAGGAGAAGAUAAGUUUGGUUAUGAAAAGCCUGAGGAGCGCUGGCUUCCAAUCCACACAGUAGAGACAAUCAUGAUUAGUGUUAUCUCCAUGCUAGCAGACCCCAACAGCGACUCACCAGCUAACGUUGAUGCUGCGAAAGAGUGGAGGGAGGACCCAAACGGUGAAUUCAAGAGGAAGGUGGCCCGCUGUGUAAGAAAAAGUCAAGAGAUGGCGUUUGAUUAGGAGUCAAUUGUAAAUUCCAGGUUAAAGGAAAUGCCUUCAGAGGGAAAAUUUCAACAAAAGGCUUUUGCACCCCUUGUUUUGCCAGUCAAAGGAAAUGGUUGGCCUCAACCACGUUUCUGUGAACGGUUGUCUUUUUCCGCGAGAUGAGCCAAUUUGAGAACCCUACCAGCGAAAUUAACCUAUUUCCUACCUGGAAUUGUAUAUUUAAUGUUAUUUAUUUUGAAAAAAUAAUGAUGUAAGAUAUGUCACUACUGUAAAUUAACUUGCUUUUUUAUCUGCUGCUGAACAGUUUCUACUUUAUACCAGGUUUCUUAUGCAAUUUAGUGGUCAAGAUUGUGUAAAACGAAACAUCAAACCCGAUACCGUUAGGUCGUCACGUGUCCUCCCUAUCUUAAUACUUGCCACCAGAUUAAUGUUGGCCCUACAAAUCUUUGUCUAUUGAUGUAAUUGUUUUCCACACUGUUCUAGAAUCACUGUUACCUUGUGUUGGCUUCACUUUCUCACAGUCUGUUUGUUGUUUAGAGCAUCUGGUUGAGAAUUUUUAGAGGGACUAGCUGUAUAAAGAGUUUUCAUACAGUCUUUUUUUCUGAGAAAGUCCUCCUGUUAGCAUGUUAGUUAUGCUUGUGUAUGCAGGUAUAAAACCGCAACUCUCAAACCUGCAUGAUCCCCUCAGCAGCUCUUGUUCUGUAUUGUUUCUAGCUGUAGAUGUUAAUGGAAUGGCUUACUCAGAGAUUUGAGAGUUAUUGUUUUAUGAUUUAUUGACUCACGCAAGCAUAGCUAAAGGUAACAGAAGGUUUUUUGAAAGUUCUCAGGAGCACACCUCAUUGGGUUUUAGAUUAGCAAUCUUUAACUUAGAGCUCUUAUCCUUGACCCUUUCUCUUUGGUCAGUGAGCAUAUAUGAUUAUUACAAAGUCCAAUGUCUUUUCACAGUUAUAUUAAAUCAAGGACAACCAAAAACAGUCUGUGAUAAAAGCCUACGCUGCGCUUUUUCAGCAUGUGUCCUGGUUGACCAACACCCAAGCUUACCUCAAUUUGAAAGGAUAAAAAAUUUGACAAAGAUUAUGGAUGUUUGAGUUAUUAAUAUAGUAGAAUUAGGCUAGUCAUUCAUACUUUGUUGUUGCACAUUUGAUCAACGUGUGGGGAAAUAAUGACGUGUUAGUCUUAUUCACUUGUGGGUUUAGGUUGAGUAAUGCUCUAUCAAGAAUUUAGGUUCUGAUUGGUUCAUACUUCUAUUAUAUUCAUCACUGAUUUGAGUUUUAAUUAUGGACAGCGUUAAACCACUGCUCAGAAAAUAUGAACAGGUGUUCUGAUGGUAAUGAGCACAUCCUGCAGUUAGGUUUUGUUUUAAAAAACUGUCUAGCUUGAGUGGAGGCUGGAAAACAUUGACUUUUGUUUGCCUUUAUUGAUGGUGUUGCUGAAUAUAAAGCCAUGAUGACAUCUAUAACUGAAUAAUCUUAUACAUGAUUGAUCUGUGACUGACUUUAAAAACUAGCUAACCAUCUUAUGGCGCAUGCAAUCAGGUUUGACGGGGUUGGGGUAUGUUAAAAAAAUGAAACCAUUGUUAGUACAUUCUGGGUGAAUGUGAAAUGUACAGUUAGUAGAUUUCUGUAGACUUGAUUAUCACAUAACUGCUGUUGACAUAAACUUUUUAAGUCAGACUUUUCUAACCUACCAUGACCUCCUCUGACCGGUGUUCACUGUUUUUGCACAGAUUCGGUGCGUUUGAAAAUGUCAUUAAGCAAUACGCCCUGAAAUGGUGUGUCCAGGUAACCCACCCUAACGCCAUAUUUUGUUUGUUUUAUUCAUUUUGUGUCAAUGCAAUGUAUAUUGGACAUGAUGCUCAAUAAAGUGUGUAAACAAAA